AUGCCGGCGUUUGGAGUUCCUGGCUAUGCGUUGCUGCUCUUGGCUGCGGCAAACGGUCAGAACGACUCCAAUGGCAGCGACUUCGAAAACGCAGAGUUCAACUACACUAACCGAUCGGCAGUGGAGCUUUCCUCCUGUCCACCGCGGUCCACAGAGAGUGACGAUUCUCUGGCAGCUACCGGGCUGACCGGCCCGGAGCUUUGGGGCAGCGGCCUCGAUCCCGGCGCCAGCUCCUUCGAGGAUCGCUCCGCCGCGCAUGCUGAGUGGCGCACGUUCGUGGCUCCGGAGCGCCAGAGAUUCUCGCGGCUUGGGGAGUCCGGGCCGCCGACCUUCGCCGGAAGGCGCCUGGCUGUAUCUCUGGCGAGGGGCUUGGGCUGCAACGUCUGCCAGCAGUUGCUCAAAGUUCUCUGGGAUCAUCUCCACCGGCCCUCGGCGACCAACAUGGGAGAGUUCCUGGACAGGGGCUGUACUGCCCUGGUCAAGGACCACCUCCUGAAGGAGGGUUGGGCACCGAACAGCGGAGAGCGUUGCGCUGGCGCCGGGACCCUUGCAGCAGACGGAGAACCCUGGUGUCUCAUCCAGGAUCCUCUUUCUUCCAUCGUGGAACAUCCGCACCUGGCAGAAAACUACGAUCCGGGUGCAGACUCGCUGAUCCUGGCCUGCGAGCACACCAUCACCAAGAACAGAGGUCGGGUCAUCACCUACCUCACCAGUUUCCGGGACGGGGCACCCGCUCGUGUUCGGAACGAGUAUCUGAUGCGGUCGGCCUGUGUUGAAGCAGCCUGCUGCACAUCCUUCUAG